CAGCAACCGGUUUGACAGUAUCAAACACGCACAACCAGACAACUCCUCCAGCCAGACGCUCAAUUGGAGCCGGCACCCGGCUCAGUCGGUUCCCAUAUGCCGCCGAUCGUCAAGCCGCCUUCCGUGAGGAUUGGUGGAGUUCACGGCUUGCCGCCGAAAGUCCAGCGUCGACCUCGCAAAUCGAAGCCCGGCGGCACUGCGCCUGUCCACGAUUGCUGUGACAAUCCUGACCCUCAGGAUGAAGAUGGCAUCAAGAUUUGCAAGAAUUGUUUUACCGAAUUACAGAAUGUCAACAUUACCGCUGAGGUCACCUUCGAAGACCAGGCAGGUGGGCGAUCAACCGUGCAGGGAGGUCUGGUGGGUGAGAAUGCCCGAUUUUCAAAGACCCUAGGCGCCGGUGCAUAUCGCCGGAUUGGUGGCGGCGAAAGGAACUCGAUGGUAGAGAUCGAGAAUGCUGGCCGUCGCGCUCUCGCUAGCCUGGCUGCUCCUUUGAAAGUUCCAGACAACAUCACCCAGCAGGCAGCGAGCGUAUGGUCACUUGCUGCCCUCAACAAUUUCAUGGCUGGCCGUAGGACCGAUGAAGUGGCUGCUGCGUGCAUGUGGGCUGCAUGUCGUCGACAAAAGGAGAACGAUGUUUUGCUCAUGGACAUGGCAGAAAUACUUCGCAUCAAUGUGUUCCGACUCGGGGAGGUUUACAAGGACUUGUGCGAGAAAUUGUUCCUCGAAGGCAAGCCAGUGGGCUAUCAGCACUUUAUCGAGAUGGAGCCUUUAAUCAAGAAAUAUUGCCAAAAGUUACAGUUCGGAGAUAAGACCAAUCAGGUCGGCUACGAUGCUCUGCGCAUCAUGAAGCGCAUGAAUCGCGAUUGGAUUGUUUCUGGACGCCAUCCAGCAGGACUUUGUGGGGCAUGCAUCAUCUUAGCUGCGCGCAUGAACAACUUCCAAAGAAGCGUGCGCGAGGUGGUCUAUGUGUCCAAGGUUGCAGACGGCACUAUUGCCAAGCGGGUUGAAGAGUUCCGUCGAACAAAAAGUGCGGCGCUCACAGUCGAGCAAUUCCGAGAGUUCGGUAACCGCAUGCUGUUCCAACAUGACCCUCCCUCGCUACUCGAAGCAGAAGCUCGGGGGCAGAAGCAGCAGAAGCGCCGCGCAGCACGCGAGGCGCAUAUUCAACAGUCACAGGCCCGACAGCAUUCCGUAAUCAGCAUUGCGGAUGAUGAAAGCGAUGUAUCUUCGCGAUUUUCGUCCGUCGGGCUGGCAACGCCACCGCCCACCCAACUAUCCGGCGCUGAGAGCACUAACGUCGACUCGCAAGAUUCGUACGCACCACCCAUGGCACAAAUGACAACGGCUAUGACCAAUGAUGUGGCGGCUUCCGAUGCGCCAAAUAGGAAACGUCUACACGACAACAGUGACGCAGCAGAUGACAACAAUACUUCCGCAGACGAUCGAUCUAAGAGGACAAGGAAAUCGCCGUCAGCUCCCGCGAACGCUGCAUCAAGGAGUGGUGCUAGGACUUACCCUGACCAGGAGCCGCGUUUUGACGCUGAAGGAUUUGCGAUACCCGCGCUACCCAUCGAUCCCGAGCUACUUGGCGAUGAUUUGGCAGGUGUUGUGCCCACGAAGAAGACUCGCGGCCGUCCCAGGAAGAAUGCAAAACAGGAACCGAAAGCCCCGUUAGUGGUAGAACUCUCAGAAGAAGAAUUGGCCGAUGAAAACUACCUAGAGGAGCAGAUCAACCAAAUGCUUGAAGAUGGGCAGGUCGAGGACGCACAGAAUGAAGUCAUCAGUAUCAAGGAACAAGAACGAAUUGAAGCAGAGGCCAAUCGUGCCAAAGUCGUGGCGGCAGAGCAACAAAGACUUGACGCGGCAAAAGCACAACAACGCCGCGAAGAGCAGGGCUUUUCAAUGGGCGAUGCUCCUCGCGGUGAAGAGGUGACAGCUGCCGAGCUCGAGGAAGAAUUUAAGGAUGACAUCGAAGUUGAAAAUUGCUUGCUAAAUCCACAUGAGAUCAUGACAAAGGAGCGCAUUUGGGUAACUCAUAACGAAGAUUGGCUACGGAAGCAGGCCGAGAGAGAAAUGCUACAAAGCGUGGCGAACGCCACGGGCGUGCCGAACAAAGGCAAGCGUAGCGCUGCUGCGAAGAAAAAACGCAGUAAGAUUGGCGACCGCAGUGUUCUCGCAGACCACGAUACACCUAUCGAAUCGCCCGCCGACGCAGCGAAAGCAAUGUUGGACAGACGUGCGCCACAGAAGAGUCAACACGUCGACUUUUCGGCCCUCCAGAGAAUUUACGGGCGAACCUCACAGACGCCGAGUCGCGACGCCGGAAGUGGCGAUGCCUCGCCAACCAAUGAUUUUGAUCCGAGAGCUGGCCGUGAAACAUCCGAAGGUGCCGGUCACGGCAAGGAAGCCGAUCCGCCUCACGAUCGAAAUAGGAGUCGCGACGACGAUGGUCCCGAGCAGCGCGAUGACGACCAGAUAUCUGAAGCACCCGCGGACGAUGCAGACGAUCAGGACGAUGGUGCAUGGAAUAAUGCUAAUGACGAGGACGAGGACGUUGAAGACGAGGAUCCAGAAGAGGCGGACUACCGCACGGCGUUGCAAGCAAGCGGCAACUUCGAGGAAGAUGAAUUCGGAAUUGUGGACAACACUCAUAAUUAUGACGACGAGUAUGAUGAGUACGAGUAGAAUAGAAGGGAGAGAUUCUCGAAUCGCAUAAUUAACACCCACAUUCUUGGUUUGCAAGAUCGAGCAGCAGCGGUUGUCGAUUUAGGGUGCGUGCCGUCGGGUAGGAAGUCACCGCAAUAGAC